AUGAGUAGCUGGUCAAAUGACGACUGUCUUUCUUUCCUCGAGCAUUACCAGAUGGAAUCCUGCAUCUGGAAUCCCAAAGAUGCAAAUCACAAAGAUAAGAAGAAACAAGCAGAUGCAUGGAUUCGUCUCGCUCAACUUACCGGAAGGCCAGUGAAGGAAGUAAAAAAUAAAAAAGAGAUAUUGAUGACUACUUUUCGCAAGCACUUAAAAAAGAAACAGGAAUCUAUGCGUUCUAGCGCAGGUGCCGAUGAAAUAUACAAUCCCACUUGGUAUGCCUACGAAAUCAUGGAGUCAUUUUUACUGCAAGUAUAUACUUCUAAUGAAACGUUAAACACCGAAACUCAAUCACAACAAAUAGAAGAAGUUACAGAUCAGACAGAGGAUGAUCCUCUGAUAAGAGACCGCACCAGUACGCCUAUUACACCGUCCACACCACCACCUAGAUCACCAUCCAGACCACCAUCCAUACAGGAGUUACUAAACGUCGCCGCCUUGCUUCUGAAACGGCUGAAAAGCAAAUGGCCGUGGCUUUUGGUCAAUUAACGAAUGUUUUAAGUCAAAAACAGAAUGAAAAUAGACCUCCUUACAAAGAAGAUGAUUGCGAUCUAUAUGCUAAAUUAUUGGCUAUAAAGCUACGUGAACUGCCAACUGAUGAACGAAAAAUUAUGAUGUACCAAAUAGAUGGGUUGUUUAUAAACAGAAUCAGUCAAAAAUCAAAUGAGCGUACACCAUACCCUCAAUAUUAUUCUCGACCGUCCUCAAUGGCUGGUUCAUAUUCACGCCAUACACCAUCUCCUCAAGUCAUUCAGAGUCGGCCAACAUCAGUUAAUAGCGUUUAUUCUGAACCUAUACAUAAUUCUCAAAGUUUUUUUUCCCUCUCCAUACACAGAAACCUCUCAUUCAGCGCCAAACCCAACAGAACAUAAUAUACUAACUCCAAUACCUCCAGCUCCAUCUACAUCAACAGCACCCCUGUCAUCUAUUCGUAUCAUAUCGGACCAAAUCCUCAACCCACCCCCGCGUGACACCAACAACAUUAUAAACUUGGCUUUAUUGAAUGCUUUCGAAGAUUUUGAGUCGUGAAAAUAAUUCUUAUUUAAGUUAUUAAAUAAUUAAGCUGUAAAAUAGAUAACAUACAUACCUACA